UUUUACAGGGGAAGUGCGCGUUCGCGCUCACGAUUCUUUUAGAUGCACGCUCGUUCCGCACUCGCAUCCACAGGGGGCCUUGACCGACUCCUCUUCGACUGUCAAGAAAGCGCACCGUAUAAAGGCAGCCUUUGUAUCCGAUAUACCCGUCUUUGAUCAGAAGGCAAACAGGAGGCCCUCUUCCUCCCGAAGACUGCGCGAAGGCGACUGAUUUUUGGACAGAAGCGAUGGCGGAAUCGGGCAGUAGCACGGCUGCGGUGGGAGCCGCGGUCUCGAGUAGCAGCGCCGCCGGUGCUGGAGGAGUCGUCGCGCCCGGGGGAGCCAAUGGAGCGGCGGGACCCAAGCCUGGCCUGGAGUCGGUUAAGGGACAAUAUUUUGAUGUUGGCCCCCGAUACACCGAUCUCCAGUACAUCGGGGAGGGGGCCUAUGGGAUGGUCUGUUCAGCUAAUGAUCAUGUGAAUAAGGUCAAAGUGGCCAUUAAGAAGAUCAGUCCAUUUGAACACCAGACCUACUGCCAGCGCACCCUGAGGGAGAUCAAAAUCCUCCUGCGGUUCCGUCAUGAGAACAUCAUUGGCAUCAAUGACAUCCUGAGAGCACGUCGCAUCGAUUGUAUGAGGGAUGUCUAUAUUGUACAGGACCUGAUGGAGACCGACCUUUACAAAUUGCUGAAGACACAGCGUCUCAGCAAUGACCAUAUCUGCUACUUUCUGUACCAGAUCCUGCGAGGGCUGAAAUACAUUCACUCUGCCAAUGUGCUGCACAGAGACUUGAAGCCCUCAAAUCUUCUCAUCAACACCACCUGUGACCUCAAGAUCUGUGACUUUGGGCUGGCACGGAUAGCCGACCCAGAACAUGACCACACCGGUUUCCUCACAGAGUAUGUGGCUACUCGCUGGUACCGUGCUCCUGAGAUCAUGCUCAACUCCAAGGGUUACACCAAGUCCAUUGAUAUUUGGUCUGUGGGUUGCAUCCUGGCUGAGAUGAUGUCCAGCAAACCCAUCUUCCCUGGGAAGCAUUAUCUGGACCAGCUCAACCACAUAUUGGGUGUUUUGGGCUCCCCCUCUCAAGAUGAUCUGAACUGCAUCAUCAACAUGAAGGCCAGGAACUACCUCCAGUCUUUACCCCAGAAACCUAAAGUCCCAUGGGGCACUCUGUUAGAAAAGGCAGACAACAAAGCUCUGGAUUUAUUGGACCGCAUGUUGACCUUUAACCCCAACAAACGUAUAACCGUGGAGGAAGCACUGGCCCACCCCUACCUGGAGCAGUACUAUGACCCCUCUGAUGAGCCGGUGGCUGAGGAGCCUUUCACUUUCAACAUGGAGCUGGACGACCUUCCUAAAGAGAAGCUGAAAGAGCUGAUCUAUGAGGAGACGGCACGCUUCCAGGCCACAUACCAGGGCUCCUGAGAGGGACAGCCAUCACAGAAAACAACCGAGCAGCGUGGAGUCUCCAAUAAAGAUAACUCCAGACAACCUGCAAAAACAUAUACAUGCAUAUAUACAUAAAAAAAAACAAGAUAAAAAGUGGGAAAAUGUACAUGUAAAAACUUCAGCUUUAUUUGAUCUGUCCAUCUCUCUUUCCUGCUGGGAAGCUGUGCGCUAGUUUGGGCUUAUAUCAUCUUAUCAUAACGUCAUUAACUGGGACCGCCAGACUCACUAUUCUCAUCGCAUACCACACACAGCUCCUGCUCUCUGAAACAAUUGCAUCUUUCACCUUUUCUAUCAAUACCCUGCUUCUCUCUCCGUUUUUAUCCGUCUCUUUCUCUUUAUGUCUCUCUCGAGGGUGUCUUUCGACUGGUCUUUUUUCCCCAUUCCACAGAGAUGGAGAGAGAGGAGGAGGAUCUCUAUGAUGGGCUCUGACUGGUGUGUGUGUGUGUGUGUGUGUAUAUAAGUAAUUUGGAGUUUCAUUGGCGUAUUGUAAGUUGCAGAUCUGUUUGUACACUGUAAUUUGAACGUUAUGAUCAGUUACAAAUCGUGUUUUGUAAUGUUUUGGGAUUUAUAUUUGAAUAGCUUUUAAAAUAUAAAGUCAUUGCUUGUGUUUCUUUUUUUUUUAAUCAUUCAAAGACAAAUGAUGUUUCAUUUAUUUUGUUUUCUAUUCUGAGGAAAAAUAGGGUUCGCUUUGAUUCCUGAGAAAUAUCUUGAGAAACGGCGAAAGGCAGGAGGAAAGCGUGUGAUGGAAUAGUAUCGUCUGCUGUAAAAUAUCAUGUUCUACUGAACUGAGACUCUUGCCAAUGUUCUUGGGGAAAUUAAGCCAUCAGUAUCAUCUUUGUUUUGUUUAAUCCUGGCUUCUUUUCCCUGUUUCUCCUCCUCUUGCUCGUCUGUUAAUUCGAUGGAGGCUCUGUGGUGUGCGGACCUCCGUUGUGCAUUCUUUUGCAUUUUUUGUGACCAUCUUUGUGAAUAACAAUAGUUGUCAUUGGUGACUAUGUCCAUGGCUACUGUUGCCAUGAUUCCUUUCUGAUAAGUCACACACAUUUCCCCACAUUCUGGCUUUGUUACUUGCAGAUGUUGGUCCCUUUCUCUUUUUCUUUCGCGUCAUUCUUUUUCUUCACUUGUCUGUGAGUGAUUGAGGAAUCAUAGCCAAGCUUAACACUUUCAGAGCCAUAGCACAUUUUGUCUCAUUCCCUCCCUGUGAUGUCAGAACUUUUCAAAGGGCUUUUCCACAGGGCUUGCUGACCUCACUCCUCUCCUGCCUGUGAUUGGCUCACCUUGUGUUUUUCUAAUUUCGAAAAUGGACUUCUUCUGCAUGCAUUACAUCUUAGACGUAACAACCUGCCUUUAUUGUAUAAUGUCGCCAUCUUUCAAUGGUGUUUCUAAAGAAACCAUUGUUGCUUUUGGCCAAUCAUGGAUGAGGAAAGCAUGUUCAGGUGGGAAGAGUUUAAAUGGCACAGUGUGUAGCUGUUUUGCAUAAAUACAGGGUGUGAUUUGCAUGAAUUAAUAAAUCCCCUGUGUACAACUCCAUUGAGAUGAGUCUCAACUGCAGAGGAAUUUCACUCCGCAUGUCAAUCACAUGACAUUUCUCAAUCAGUGCACCUGCACUUUGCGUCUCAUGACCAAAUAUAUAUAUUUUUGCUUUCAGUUUGAUCUAUUCCUGUGACAUAAGUUCCCUUGUUUUCAUUAUAAGCUUAAGUCUUUUUUUCUUAAUCCUCUACGUGUUAGUGUGAGGUGUAGCAGGCAGUGAUGGUUGGUUGGUUGGUCACUCACGUCCCAUGUCUGUGUCUGUAACAUCUGUCCUUUCCAACCAGAAGCUGCUCUUCUCUGCUUCCUCAUGAGGAGGGGAGAUCAUCCCGCUCUGUGAUCUGAGGGAAACCACUCAUUAUCAAGGAAAGAUUAUCUAUAUUAAUGUAUUGUCAAUGGCAAUGACAUGCUUAUUGUGAAUGGGACCAUGGCGACUGUCAACAGUCUUACAAACACACACACAUAUAUUUAAGGAUGUAUUUCUCACAUAUAAAUCUGCCCGCAUACAGUAUAUGAUUUCUGAAGCCUGCAAAGGAGGCAGAUAACAAUGUUUUUUUUAAUGGCUGUUAUUAUGAUUAUUGCUGGUGUUAUAUUGGUGAGGUCUAUUUUUUAUUUUAAAAACUGAAAAGGGAUUUAAAAAAUUUUGUCCUUUUUGUUUUUAAAGUAUGUUUUGCAUUUCUUUCAUUUUGUUCGCUUUGGGUGUGAAAAAUAAUUGGCUGUUCACUGUUUCUGAAGUCUAUUUUUUCCCUAAAUCUUAUAAGGAAUUAUUUUAAAAGAUGAUUAAACAGUAUGGGUCGAUUGUCAAGAAAAAUGAGCUAUGGACGGUUAUAGUCUAUGUAUAUGCUUAUGGGUAUAAUAAAUAAAACAAUUAACAAAAACAGAAUUAUAUACAUAUAUUAAAUAAAAUUCCUGAUAUUGUAA